AUGAUCAACGAUAAAGUGACGCCACUCACAGCUCCACCAGGGGCUUAUCCGACGUUGACCGUUCAUGGAGAAGAGUACGGUGCCGAACAGGGUAUUUACACCAUAUCCGGCGGAGUUAAUCUCUAUGGAGAAAUAACUCUUACUCCGGGAGGCCGACAAGUCUUGACAUGGAAUCAGGACCAGGUCGAAAGACCCUUCGGACCUGAUGUUGGAAACUGCUCUCAACCUGAAGGAAAGACUAUCCAAAGUCAAUGCGCAACAGCACAAUGCACCGUAGGAGCCAAUAGCGUCGAACUUCUCUACUUCCCCCCACCUUCCACUAGCCGAGAUCUGUGUGCAAAUACUAGCCCAGGGUUCAAUAGCUACUCUGUACCGAUAUUCUCUUAUCCGCAUGCUUCCACAAUAAUCAAUUCAACCACGUAUUGGUACGACAAAGCUUACGUUCGAUACGACAAAGUUUCGGCCUACAAAUGGUGCGAACUCGACAAUCAACUCGCUCGGCAUUUAGUCAGCGUGGGUGGAACUUACUCCGGGCGCCUAGUUGAGAUUUCAUCCAGUGAUGUAUCUUCAAUCUGCGAUUGGAGAUUCAAUCCUACACGACCAUAUGGCUUAGUUAUUGGCGCCACUGCGAAACCCUUCAAUUUUGAAGAUCUGGUCGGUGAAAUACCGGCUUCUGCAUAUCAAUGCAUACCGCGAUGCCAAAGUGGAUGCACGGAUAUAAUCACGUCCUAUUACUUUCCUGGGUUGGCUGUCCCUCCACAAGUGCGCGCCCAGGAUCCGGAGUGGGCGAGCUGCGUUCCACAAUUCGAUGGCGUUCCAGAUCCCCCCAUUGCGCUCGCAUCCGUGCCCAACUUCCUUACCAGUAGUACGCCUUCUGAACCUCGCCCAUCCGAUCCCCCUACGCCAGGUCAAACACUGACCACGGGAGCGAGUCCUACCGCAAUCCCUAUCACGCAACCUCCAAGCACCAUUAGGUUUACCUCUACAAUUUCGCUACCUACAUCAAGACCGGCUCCCAAUGAUCCAGGUGUUCCAGCCGAUCCUAAUCCGAAUGAUCCAAAUGAUCCUGGGCCAGGUAUCUCUCGUCCGAACGAUCCUUCACCAAAAAAUCCAAGUUCGAACGAUGCGCUCCCGACUAAUGCCGAUCCAGUGAUUGAGACACCAUCACCACCACAAGACCCAUCUAAUUGGCCUCAGCCAAUCAUCAAUUCGCCGGCAGGCCCUACACCAAUAGCCACUAUUGGCAACAGCAUCAUCAACACAGAUCCAUCUCAAGCAGGGACUAUUGUCAUCAUAGACCCCAACACACCUAGUGGCGCACAAACUCUCACAGCCGGAAGCGAUCCCAUUGUCAUUUCUGGAAUCACAAUAUCUGUGAACCCCACAAGCGGUGCGAUUAUCGUCAGUGGAGACUCGACGCUACAGCCAGUCGGUAUCGUCAACGGUAAACCCGUCUUCACCGACCCUGGGCAACCCGGUGUCAUUAUUGUGGGAGACCCAGACUUGGGCCAGCCCUUGCAAACACUUAGUGUGACUGAUCCUACAUUAACCAUCGAUGGGGAAACACUCACGCUCUCCCCUACUGCAGUCGUGCAAUCAUCAUUUACUGUUGCCGGGAUGUCUAUUGUCGUGCUCGCUGAUGGCACGGUCGUGAUCAACAACGCGCAUACCAUCCAACCAGGCGAUCCCGAGAUCUUUGUAAAUGGCCAUAAAGUAGUUGUAGAUUCAGACGGUGUGGUUUGGGUAGAUGAUCAGCGAGUUCAAUUGUCUCCUACAUCAGAUGACCACUCUGAUAGCACGACAGCAUCACGGAAUACGUUGAUAGCUCCCAGUCUUGCGGAUUCAACCGACUCAGAGACCAACAGUGGGCCAAGUUCGGCCACGGAGGAAGCGCCCCAGAACUCCUCCAUAGCGCCAAAAGAAGCAAUGCUGCCGCAUCUGUGGAAUUUAAUGGGUCUUGCGGUAUUGAUGAUGUUGGUAGUUUAG